AAGCCAGUGAUCAAUAACACCACACUGUCAGAGCAGCUUCACUGCGAGCUAGGCAUCUCUAAUCCAAUUAACCUGAUCGCCGCCAUGGCCGCUCCUACCUUUCUGCACCGCCUGCUCGCCGUCUGGCUCCUCUCCUGCGCCGCCCACGCGCAGCUCUCGACGACCUUCUACUCCGCCUCCUGCCCCAACCUGGAGGCCAUCGUGCGGGCGGGGAUGAACAAGGCCAUCCGCAACGAGCGCCGGGUCGGCGCCUCGCUUCUCAGGCUCUUCUUCCACGACUGCUUCGUCCAGGGCUGUGACGGCUCGGUUCUUCUCGACGCCGGCGGCGAGAAGCAAGCCGCACCGAACAAUGGGUCCAUCCGUGGCUUCGGUGUCAUCGACGCCAUCAAGGCCAGCGUGGAGGCCGCGUGCCCCGGCGUCGUCUCCUGCGCCGACAUCCUCGCGCUCACCGCGCGCGACGGGACGUUCCUGCUGGGCGGGCCGACCUGGAGAGUGCCGCUCGGCCGUCGCGACUCGACGACGGCGAGCCGGGCUCUGGCCAACGUGAACCUCCCGCCGCCGACCGCCGGCUUGGCCACGCUGAUCUCCCUGUUCGGCAGGCAGGGGCUCUCGCCGGCCGAGAUGACGGCGCUGUCGGGCGCGCACACCAUCGGCCUGGCGCAGUGCCUGAACUUCAACGCCCGCAUCUACAGGGACGCCAACAUCGACCCGUCCUUCGCGGCGCUGCGGCGGCGGACGUGCCCCAGCUCCGGCAACGCCAACCUGGCGCCUAUCGACGUGCAGACCCCCUCGGCGUUCGACGCCGCCUACUACCGGAACCUGCUGGCGAAGCGCGGCCUGUUCCACUCCGACCAGGCGCUCUUCGACGGAGGGUCGGAGGACGCGCUGGUGCGGCAGUACGGCGCCAACCCCGCGCUCUUCCGGACCGACUUCGCCAAGGCGAUGGUGAAGAUGGGCAACAUACAUCCGCUCACCGGAAGCGCCGGCGAGAUCAGGGCCAACUGCCAUGUCGUCAACAGCUAGCUCAUCCGAUGAACCGACUGGUAUGUACUACUACUACUAAAAGAGGCCGCGCGCACCCAUGGCGUUCUUCGGCCCAGUUCUUUUGGCCGAUUCUCCCAGAAUCUUAAGAAUCGAUCCUUCACCCAACUUCUCCCGGAAUCUUGAACCCGAUUCUCAAGAUUCUGGGGAAUUCUCUCAUCUCGUUCAAGAAGACGUAUAUCCCCUCAUUAGGAUGUGGAUUUAUGCUGCCCAAUUGUUUAGAGUUUGUCUCGCACCAUUUUGCAAUAGUGAUAACGAUGUGUCUAUUGUUGUCAAUCCUUUUCACAGAUGUUUGGCUGGGCAAUGGAGCAUGCUAUUCCAUGAACAUGAUGAAUGCUAUUAUGUUAAGGGUUUAUAUAGGUCUCCCGCAAAAAAAAUGUUAAGGGUUUAUUUUUAUUUUCGAGAGUACAAGGGUUUAAGUUUAGGUUGUCCGAUUGACCAUUUGAUAAAUGUUUGGACAAUGGAAUGGGCUACUCCAUGAACAUGCUGAAUAUUACUAUGUCCAUGCAUUUAA